AUGGCCACAACAGCUUCAACCAGACCUGUUGUUGCUGAUACCGCGGCUGUGGACUCCGCCGAAGCCGCGGCGACUGCACCCGACGAGACCAUCGGCCUUCACUCGCCCCCCGACAGUAACAACGCCUCCAAAACAGACGGCUGCAGCAGCUCCGACUCGGAGCUCAGCUGUUUCGACGAUGACUUGGCCGAGGCUUUGAGCAAUCCGCCCGCUGCCGAAAUCGGCUCACUUGCGACCGCACCGGCUGCUGAUACUGGUGCUCAGGCUGAAGCUCAUGUUCAUGCUCAUGCCGAGGCCGAUAUUGUGCACGCACACGUCGACGACACAGCCGCAGCCUCGCCUGCUCUUCCGUCUACAAACGCCUCCCCCGGCAAUGCGGCUGAGGACGACGAUAUUGGGGACAUCGAGCCGGACGAAUAUUCCGGCACUGUUCCGAUCUUCCGUCCAACCAUGCACCAGUUCCGAGAUUUUAAGAAAUUUGUGCGCUUUACCAUGGAAAAAAUCGAUCACUAUGGUAUGAAGUCCGGUAUCGUAAAGAUUGUCCCACCCCAGGAUUGGUCCGACACCGUCGGGCCUGUCGACGAGCUGGUCAAGGGUAUCAAAGUUCGCGAGCCCAUCAAGCAAGACAUUAUGGGCUCCAACGGGACCUACCGUCAAGUCAACAUCCUUCACCAGCGGACGUACAAUCUGCCACAAUGGCGUCAGCUCUGUGACCAGAGCGAGCACCAGCCUCCCGCCCGACGUGGCGAGCGUCGUGCCAACGCGGACAAGCCCAAGCCGACUACUCGCACCCGUUCUGCUGCGGCUGCGUCUUCGGCGACAGUUAAUACGGCGGCUGGUUCCGUCCCUGCCGCCCCCAAGAAGGGCAAGCGUGGUCGGACUACGCGGAGAUGGACGACGCGCCAGGGCGUUGAUGAUGACGCCUCGUCGGUCUUGUCUGAGCCGCGCCCGAUGACGCCCGAAUCCCAACGAGGUGACGAUGAUAGGCUCCAGGACGAUGACAAGACGUGCGUGGAAACUCCCGAGGAUACUGGUAUUGCCCACGAAGAUAGGGAUGACAAACCCGAGGACACGGUCAUGGUAUCCGUGGAGGUGGACCACCUGGUAAAGAAGGAAAGCAGCGGCGAUGCGGGCGAUGCCGAGGACAGCUGCGUCGAAGUGCCGGCACCGCCUCGCCGCCUGGGCUUCACGCGCCAGGCGUCGGCCAAGACCCAAUCGACGUCGGCUCGUCGCAAGUUUGGCAAGCGAGAGGGGUCUGCCAAGAUCGACGAGGCCUUGUUCAAGGACUGGGACUACCGGAUGGAUGCCUCCGACUACACCCCGGAACGCUGCGAGGAGCUGGAGCGGAUCUACUGGAAGACACUGACGUAUGCCCCUCCGCUGUACGGGGCCGACCUUCCCGGCACGCUCUUUGACGAGAACACGGAGCUGUGGAACCUGAACAAGCUGCCCAACCUGCUGGAUGUGCUGGGUACUAAGGUUCCCGGAGUCAACACGGCCUACCUCUACCUGGGCAUGUGGAAGGCCACGUUUGCGUGGCACCUCGAGGAUGUCGACCUGUACAGCAUCAACUACCUUCACUUUGGGGCGCCCAAGCAGUGGUACAGCAUUUCUCAGGGCGACGCCCGGCGGUUUGAGGCAGCCAUGAAGAACAUCUGGCCGGCGGACGCCAAGGCCUGUGACCAGUUCCUGCGCCACAAGGCCUUUCUCAUCUCGCCGUCCCACCUCCAGCAGCACUACAACAUCAGGGUCAACAAGUGUGUGUCCUACCCCGGCGAGUUUGUCGUCACCUAUCCGUACGGGUACCAUUCCGGAUACAAUCUCGGCUACAACUGCGCCGAGGCAGUCAACUUCGCCCUGGAAUCGUGGCUUCCCAUGGGAAAGAUUGCCAAGAAGUGCGAGUGCGCCCAGGCACAGGACAGCGUCUGGGUGGACGUGUACGAAAUCGAGCGCAAGCUGCGUGGCAUCUCCACGGACGACGAGGAUGAUGAGGACGAAGACUCGGAUGACGACAUGGACAUGGACGACGUGGACGACUUGGACGAUCAGGAGGGCUCCAUCAUCGGGCUACCGACGCCGCCGUCAGGACGUGUUCGUAUCCGGGCGCCGAAUCGAAAGCGCAAACGCGGGGCGGACACGGACAAGGGCGACACCGCGGACGAAGCGGAUGGCCUGAGUCGUGCUGGUGCGCGGAAGCUGAAGCGGAUGCGGCUGCGGCUGCAGUCCGCCGAGGGAUCCCCUUGCUGCCUCUGCCCAAACGACAUUCCGUACGCGGAGCUUUUGCCGACGGACGACGGGCGCAAGGCCCACCGGCUUUGUGCGCUGUAUUUGCCGGAGACGUGCAUCGACGUGAUCGAUGGCAAGGACGUGGUGACCAACGUGGCCGAAUUCACAGCGGCGCGGCUGGAGGUGCGAUGCAUGUACUGCCGGAUGCGCAAGGGUGUGUGCUUCCAGUGCUCGUACACACGAUGCACGCGGUCGUACCACCCGACGUGUGCGGCAGCGGCAGGCGUGUUUGUGGAGGAGGGCGAGGUGCCCGUGUUUGGCGACGACGGGACGGAAUACAAGGAGCAGGCGUUUGAGUUCACGUGCCGGUUCCAGCGGGCGAAGCGGGACAAGAAGUACGACGGUGAGGCGCUCGAGAAGAACGAGCGGAUCCGCAAAGCGGCGUCGGCCCUCAAGAAGGGCAGCAUAUGCCAGAUGCAGUUUUACCGCAGCGACAUUUUUGCGGGGGUGGUGCUGGAGAACCGGGCGGACGAGGAGACGGUGCUGCUGCAUGUGGUUCCGAGCGGCGACAGGGUGGAGGUGGAGUGGAAGUGGCUGCUUCUGCCGGAUGCCAGCGACUAUCGGCUGCCCAAGGCCUCGCCCCACGCGCUGCCGCUGCCGUCGUCGCGCAAGGAGAAGGAGGAGAUUGGGGCGAAGAAGCGACCGGUUCCGGUGCCGGACGACGUCUUCGUCGACGGCUUUCGGUGGAAGGAGUUCCACGCGUGCGAGGCAUUUGCAUGUCGCAAUCCCGACCAGGUCCGUGUCGAUUUAUUCAGGCCGGACCGGCUGUGGCACUACAUCGGCAGGCCGUCGACGGAUACGAAACCGCAGUACACGGAGGAUCCGGCCCAUCCGACGCACAACCUCAAGAGCAACUUCCUCGACUCGGUACCCAAGCCGCCGGUGCUCUCGAUGCAGCCUCCUCGACGACCCUCUCUUCCGCCAGCACCCAUGUCUUUGAUGUCGCAGACGGCACAGACGGCUGGGCUGUCUCCCUUUGGCAGCACGGUCCUGCAAGCACAAGCACAGAUUCCUGCGGGCCAGACGGCCGUUGCGUCGCCAUCGGAGCCCCGGCGGUCGUAUAGCGUGAUCAAGCCGCCAUAUGUACCGCACACACUUCCAACGACGGCCGCGGCUGGACAGCCGUCUUCGCCGUCCGACAAUUUUCCCACGCCACGACGGCCGUCAACCAAGCAUCAGCACGGCGGGAUCCAGCGCCAUCGGUCGUACUCGUCGGGCCACCCUGCUCCUUUUGGCUCCUUCUUCUCGCUGCCAGCGGGUGGAAAUGGCAGCAAGUUUCCUCAGAUUCAACAUCCGAACUUGUCUCAUGGAUAUGCCACGAUCCCGGGGAAGCCAUCAGGAUCGGGAUCGGGUGCGCCAAAUACUUCCAUGUCCCCGCCACCUGCACCGCGGCCAUCGGCAAGCCAGGCGGCCGAAGUCGGCGCAGAGACACGAGGUCCUUCGGCCAGCGGCGAAGCUGCUCCUCUAUCGACAAGCAUCGCGCGGAAAUAUGCUUUUUUCCAAGUGCACUGCAACAGGGAUCCAACCGGCUAUCGGUCUCCGUAUGAGCCGUGGAACAGUUCGACCAAGGCCCCCGAAAGCACGACACGGCCGCGAUCGAAGAGCAGGCAGGGCAGCUCGGGCGCCGCAGCACUUGCGGCAGCAGCCAACAAGUUGCACCGGCGAGGUGCCAGCAGCACCAGCAGCGCCAGCAGCUUUGGGUUCGGGCUUGGGUUGAAGGGGCUGACGCGGCCGUCUCCCCACACUAACUAUGUUGGUCCGGCGCCGGCGCCGUCAUCGACCGUGUCGUCGCCCUACCUGUCUGCACACAACCUGCCGUUUGGACCGGGACCGGGAUCGUCUGUAUCGUCGUAUGCGUCGUACGAUUCGGUCAUGACUGGCGGAGCGCGCAUGUCGCCACACUCGCCCGGGCCAGUCGAUGCGAGUCCGUUUGUCGGCAGUCCCGGCCCACAGAUCAGCGCGUUUGACUUCCCGCCCGUGUCGGCGUCGUCAUAUCACCAUCCCGGCAUGCGGCCGCAGUUCAACAACUCGUCGUGGCAGCAGAGCUUCCACUCGCCACUCUUCUCGCAAGGUGAGCUAUUCCGGGAUGACUACCUGGAGGAGAGCAUGCAAGCUGACGGCGAUCCCGUCCUGCCAGACAUGAACGAGGUCAACUUCUCACCGCCGUCUCCCAUCGCGUCGGCCACUAGCUUGCCGGGCCUCGGAGCACCGGCGAACAUCAUCCCGAGCCACCACCAGUCGUAUUCGUUUAGCGGCAGGACGAUGGCCGAUGGCAGUCCGCUGCUGUCGGCCAGUAUGGGCGGCUACGGAGCCAUGAGCCCGCCGUUCCUGGAGGAGUCUCCGCUGGCGAUGAGUCCGUCGAUGGAGGAAGAGGCUGUGCCACCGGACGGAGGCACCCAGCAGUCGCCUGCCGAACAGCUCAGACAGCAGUUGCGGAGCAUUUCCGACUCCUCGCUCCCGUCAACAUACCGCCUACGAUGUCUACACCAGCCUCGACGGCGCCAUCAGAGCCGCAGCAGCCUGAACCGGAUAUUCACGAGCCAGCUCCUGGACCUGAACCCGACAUGA